ACCAAAUACCAUUUUUCAUUAUUAUACUUUUAUUAAGUCUCUUACUCUUUUUUUUUUUUUUUUUUUAAUUUCUCAAAAAAAAAAACUCUUACUCAAAAUUCUCUCAAUUUAUUUUUGAGGAAAAAAAAAAAAACCUCUCUAUUUCCAAAUUCAAAAAUGAGUACAGCAACUUUCAUUGAUGUUAUUAUUGCCAUCAUUCUCCCUCCUCUUGGUGUUUUCUUGAAGUUUGGUUGUCAGGUUGAGUUUUGGAUCUGUUUGGUACUGACAUUAUUGGGGUACCUCCCUGGAAUUCUUUAUGCACUCUAUGUCAUCCUCAGAUGAUCUCUUCACUCCUUAAAUGGUGUGAAGGAUGCUCGUUGUUGUCGAUGAUGAGUAUGCAGUAGAAGUUUCUUGUUUAAUUUGAUUGGUUAUUCAUUGAGGGCAUCUUUAAGGGUGAACUAUUUAAUUGUUCACAAUGAAUAAACAAAUAAAGUGGUGGCUUAAUGGCAAACUUUUAAUGGUUCA